AUGGCAGUGGCUCGACCAGCCGUUUACAAGAGAGUUUGUACACAAAAUUUCAAAUACAUAUUAGCUGGAAUGGUACCAGUUUGGGGAGUUUUAACCAUUGUUGCUGCCGGAGUCUCCGUGAUUGGGGCAGAUGGAGAUCGAGUUGUUGGUACAAGGCAUUGUGCAAUUAUUACAAGUACUAGCAGAUGGUAUGCCACAUUCCACUUCACGUUCAUCGUACUUGCCUACGUCAUCGCCUUCGUAUCAACUCUCGUUGUCUGGGCUACUCGCCGGGUAAUGACGAACCUGACAAAAAGUAAAUUCGGAUCACAGGAUGACAAACUUGGAAUGAUAUUAGCAAUGUCUGGAACAUCUAUCGUUCUUCUAGCCUCUCCAGCAGUAGUAAUGCUGACAAUAAGAUGGGAUAUCACUGAAUGGGGAGAUAUUGAAGUGGCAGUUACAUACGCAAUGCCUGGUUUCCUAUCAGUCGUCAAUACAAUAAUUGCGUUUCGUUUUCGGAAAGAGCUACGUGCCCAAUUCUAUCAUUUACUGGGAAUCAAGUCGACGCAUAAGAAAUCAGAGCCAUCCAUGUUCACACGGACCACAUUGACUACAAGACGACAUACGACAGUUCAUCACUUGAGCUAA